UCGAAGAACUGAGGGAAGAGGGAAAUCAGAUUGCUCCCUAAAAUCCCAAAUAGUAUCCCUCCCCGCCCCUCGCUCCACCUUAGGUUUCUCCUGCUCUCGGCUUGUUCCAUAUAUUGAUCUGUUACUUUACCACUGCUUAGAGAAGGUUGGAGAUCGUCUCGAAGUCUCCCUCAUUGUCCCCAACCCUUAAGUGGCCGAGAGUGGGCAGUCCAGAAGCGCGGAUUCGGCUCAUCUGCUGUAGGGCACAGCGUAUGGGAGGACCUCCGUGGACUCCGAGGGCGAGAUGAGGAUCCCCGAGCUGGGCUAGGAGCCCUCAAUCGGCCAGAGCUCUGGAUGUGGGUGCCAGACAAUUCCACGGCGCCUCUCAAGAUGGACAGCCGCUACACCAGCUCCGCGGGCCUCGGGGAUUUAAACCAGCUGAGCACGGCCAUCCCGGCCACGCGAGUGGAGGUGUCAGUGUCUUGCAGCCACGGCUGCCUACUGCCUCUCCAGGAGACUCCUCAAGACCAGCAGGACCAUACUGUUGUGAUGACUGUGGUUCUGAAGUGGAGUCUGAAGUCAGGGAGCCGGAUUAGCACUGCUUUUGCUGCAUGCCGUAAAUGUUGGACUGUUGUGCUUUCAUUUUUGUUUGUCUCUAGAAAUCUUCUGGACAGAGACACGUUUUCUAAAUCUGAUCCAAUUUGUGUCUUAUAUACACAAGGAGUUGGAAAUAAAGAAUGGAGAGAGUUUGGAAGGACUGAAGUAAUUGAUAAUACUUUAAAUCCUGACUUUGUAAGAAAAUUUAUUCUGGACUACUUUUUUGAAGAAAGAGAGAAUCUUCGUUUUGAUUUGUAUGAUGUUGAUUCGAAGAGUCCCAACUUGUCCAAACAUGACUUUCUGGGACAAGUGUUUUGUACAUUGGGGGAGAUUGUUGGUUCACAGGGAAGUCGCCUGGAAAAGUCCAUAGUAGGAAUUCCAGGGAAGAAAUGUGGUACAAUCAUACUUACAGCAGAGGAAUUAAACUGUUGCAGAGAUGCUGUUCUAAUGCAAUUUUGUGCAAAUAAAUUGGACAAGAAGGACUUCUUUGGAAAAUCAGAUCCUUUUCUUGUAUUUUAUCGAAGUAAUGAAGAUGGCAGUUUUACAAUCUGUCAUAAAACAGAAGUUGUCAAAAACACUCUAAAUCCUGUAUGGCAAGCAUUCAAGAUCUCAGUAAGAGCUUUAUGUAAUGGCGAUUAUGACAGAACAGUCAAAGUAGAGGUGUAUGACUGGAAUCGAGAUGGAAGUCAUGAUUUCAUUGGAGAAUUUACAACAAGCUACAGGGAACUUUCUAGAGGGCAAUCACAGUUCAAUGUAUAUGAGGUGAUAAAUCCCAGAAAGAAAGGAAAAAAGAAGAAAUAUACUAAUUCAGGAACAGUCACCUUGCUGUCUUUCUUGGUAGAAACAGAAGUUUCAUUCCUUGACUACAUUAAGGGAGGAACACAAAUCAAUUUCACAGUGGCUAUUGAUUUUACUGCAUCAAAUGGCAACCCUGCCCAGCCCACUUCUCUCCACUACAUGAAUCCUUAUCAACUGAAUGCCUAUGGUAUGGCACUGAAAGCAGUGGGAGAAAUCGUUCAAGAUUAUGACAGUGAUAAAAUGUUCCCAGCUUUAGGUUUUGGUGCAAAACUGCCUCCGGAUGGAAGGAUAUCUCAUGAGUUUGCUUUGAAUGGGAACCCCCAAAACCCCUACUGUAAUGGCAUUGAUGGUGUCAUGGAAGCUUAUUAUAGGAGUCUGAAAUCUGUGCAACUGUAUGGGCCAACCAAUUUUGCUCCUGUAAUUAAUCAUGUAGCAAGAUAUGCUGCUUCCGUAAAGGAUGGCUCCCAGUAUUUUGUGCUCCUAAUUGUGACAGAUGGUGUUAUCUCAGAUAUGGCUCAAACUAAGGAGUCCAUAGUUAAUGCUUCAAAACUUCCAAUGUCAAUAAUUAUAGUAGGUGUUGGACCAGCAGAAUUUGAUGCAAUGGUUGAAUUGGAUGGAGAUGAUGUAAGAGUUUCCUCCAGAGGAAAAUAUGCUGAAAGAGACAUUGUGCAGUUCGUGCCAUUCAGAGAUUAUAUUGACAGAAGUGGAAACCACAUUCUGAGCAUGGCUAGAUUAGCUAAAGAUGUCUUAGCGGAGAUCCCUGAGCAGUUUCUGUCCUACAUGAGGGCCAGAGGAAUCAAGCCAUCGCCUGCACCUCCCCCAUACACCCCAUCUACACAUGUGUUACAGACUCAAAUAUAACUCUGUUCCAAAAUGCUAAUGUAACUACACUUUGGUUAGAACUGCUGAGUCCAUGCUUUUCUCCUGGUGCUCGAUAAUGAACCAGGGAAUAAAAUAUUCAUCUCAGUUAGAUUUCAGCAGAAUUGGUUAGUAUGCUGUUUUCUAUCCAAAAUUUAUUAUCUUCCUAAACCAAAACUGUAAAUAUGGUUGUUGCAUGAGCAACAGAAAAACUGUUUAUAUGCUUGACGCAAAAUAUGAUGUCUUGUAUGAAUCUUUAAAAGUUUUUGGAAAAACAGCUAAUUUCCAGUGAAUUGUUGGGAAAAAGCACAACCUAUGUUUUUAACUCAGAUAUUGUCUUGGACUGCUGUGUGUAUAGGAAAGCAGUCUCUCUGUAUCAAUGUUUACAUGUUACUACUUUUUAAAUUACAAUACUUUUAUAACUAUUCUUAAGAAUACAAGUUUUGAAUAUUGAAUCCUUUGUCUUCUAAAUUGCAAUAGCUAUAAUCACAAGAGCAAUAUCUUUGAAUGACUGUCUGAUCAAAUGCAAUUGCAAAGAAGGGAAAGUAAAAAUAAGUUCACAUUUCUCAGUGAGUUGUCUUAUGAAGCUGCAUCUGUUUAGUAAACACUUUCUCUAUGCUAUUUGUCAAGUAUGGGAAUUUACACUUAGCAGCUGUGUAUCCUGAAAGAACAUGCACUUUUUCAUCAAGUUUGGGUUCUAAAUUUAAACUGAAGUUUGUUUAUGUUUUGUAAUGAUAAGUAGAAAUAAUAAAAAGUCAAACAUUGUGUCCUGUAAAUGCACAGAAAAUACUUUGUGUAAAAAGUAACGUCUUUAUAUUGCAAUACUAUGUAGAAAGACUAAAAUUCAGAAUAUUUAACUGUGCAGCAGAUGUUUUAAACACUUUUUUUCAUUAUACCUUGCUUAGAUAUUAUUUUAAUUCAAAGGGAUACUGUCUCUUUUUAUUUGUAUUCCUUUCCAAGUUGCCACACAGAAUGUACAGGAAAGAAGUUUUUUGUGAAAUUCCCAAUUAAAUAUAUACAACUGCAUGACUUAAUACUCGACACAUUUGUGAAAAAAAUCUGCUCCUAUGUUCUGAUCUGAUAGUACACAGUUAAAAAUUGUAAAGAGCUUUUGCAUGUACAAUUUUUACGAGGAUUACAGUUUUGUGACAAGAAUGACAGUUGUGUCUAAAUUAAAGCAUUUCUCUAGAACAAAUGGCCUUAAAUUCUUAAAGAAUUCCUGGAAAUGAUUGUGAAUUUCCUUUAAGUAAUAGAAAAGUAUGUUUAUUUUUUUUCUUUUAUGUCAACAGUGUACCUGCUUUAUAAUAUUUUCCUUACUUAUAUCCUAUUUAUUACUCAGUUUAUUUCUACUAUGUAUUGUUCUAUUUGUCCCAAGUUGACUAAAGGUGACUUUUAUAAGCAUAAAAUUAUUUUACAGAAAAGAAAAAUAUACAUAUAUUCACAUAUCUAACAAUAGCAAUGUUAUAUAAUUAUGCAACCUUUAAUUGUUCAUUUUGGAGUAUAAAUUAAAAUCUUUGAAAGGAUAACUGUUUGCUCUCUAAAUUUUAUGUAUAAAUGACAUAGAAUCUGAUGAUUUCCUUUACUGGUCCUAAAUGUUUAUGCCAGCAUAGUUUAUUACCCUGCAAUUUUAUUAUUAUUUGCCGUCAUUCUUCAGUUCAAAAAUAAAAAUAAAUAAAAUCAAUAUUCUUUCCCUCUUGUAAAA